AGCAAUCCCGGCGGGCCGCGCGCGCGGCCGCGUUUGAAUGGCCCUGAGUGGGGAUCGGCCCGGGAGCACAGGGACUCUCUAGGCUUCCUGGCGCAGGACGUCAGCGCCAGGACUGGGCUGAGGCGCCGCGGUACCAUGAGGCGCCGGUAUUCAAGAGAUUAUGGCAUCUGAAACCCACAAUGUUAAAAAACGAAACUUUUGUAAUAAUAUUGAGGAUCAUCCCAUUGAUCUUCCUAGAAAAAGGAUCUCUAAUUUCACUAAUAAGAACAUGAAGGAGGUUAAGAAAUCUCCAAAACAGUUGGCUGCUUACAUAAAUAGAACAGUUGGACAAGCUGUGAAAAGCCCGGAUAAACUACGUAAGGUGAUCUAUCACAGAAAGAAAGUUCAUCAUCCUUUUUCAAAUCCUUGUUACAAAAAAAAACAGUCCCCUAGAAGUGGGGGCUGUGACAUGGCAAAUAAAGAAAAUGAACUGGCUUGUGCUGGCCACCUGCCUGAAAAAUUAUACCAUGAUAGUAGAACAUAUUUGCUUAACUCCAGAGAUUCUGGUUCUUCACAGACAGAAAGCCCAUCAUCAAAAUAUAGUGGGUUUUUUUCUGAGGUUUCUCAGGACCAUGAAACAAUGGCACAAGUUUUAUUCAGCCGGAAUUUGAGAUUGAAUGUAGCUUUAACUUUCUGGAAAAAGAGAAGUAUAAGUGAACUUGUAGCUUAUUUGGUGAGGAUAGAAGACCUUGGAGUGGUGGUGGAUUGCCUUCCUGUGCUCACCAAUAGUUUACAGGAAGAAAAACAAUACAUCUCACUCGGCUGCUGUGUAGACUUGUUGCCUCUAGUAAAAUCACUGCUUAAAAGCAAAUUUGAAGAAUAUAUAAUAGUUGGUUUAAACUGGCUUCAAGCAGUCAUAAAAAGAUGGUGGUCAGAACUCUCAUCUAAAACAGAAAUUAUAAAUGAUGGAAAUAUUCAGAUUUUAAAACAACAAUUAAGUGGAUUGUGGGAACAAGAAAACCAUCUUACUUUGGUUCCAGGAUAUACUGGUAAUAUAGCUAAGGAUGUAGAUGCUUAUUUAUUACAGUUGCAUUGAGAGACUUCGUCUACUAAAGAGCAUUUGGUAUUCAAAACAUCCCUGAACCAUAUAAUUUCCGAAAUGUCUCAUCAGAGAACUGUGAACUGUGGAAGAAAUCAAAAACUUUUUUUUUAAGCAACAGAAUGAAACCACUAGCAAAACUCUAACAAUCUACUUCACAUUGAAGUGGAAAAAUAUACGAAAGAAGCAGCUUCAGCUUCAAUGAGGUGAAAGUGCACUAUGAAAAUUGUUCACCUUUGCUGCAUUUGGGAUUAAUAUGGUUAUUUGGUAACAUUGUUUAAGAACUACUGGAUCUUAAUGCAGUCCCGCAUAAGAAUAUAUUUUAUACUAUGUGAAAAAAUAAGGAUUUAUUAUUAGGAACCACAAAGACCAAUCAUCAUUACUUUUUUUAAGACUGUGUUUUAUAAGAAAACACUCAAAUGUGUGCAGCUAUUUUCUUAUGUUGAAAAGACUUUGAAAGUUUAAAACACCAUAACAGAUAAUCAAUACUAAAAAUUUCUGUCCACCCUGAGAUAUUGUGUACACAAAAUGCCUUAAUUAAUAAGCCAAUGUAUAUGAUACCAAUAUCUGUUUUAAAAAAAAAUUAAAACCAACCAUGCUUCUGGCAUGAUAAAAUCAUGGAAUGAAAUCAGGGGCUUCCAUUCAUGUAGAAUGUUGUUGUAAAACUUAUUCCACAUCAUCUUUAAAACUUGAGAAUAUUUUUAAUAUCUCUGACUUUUUUUUUUUUUUUUUGCCAGAAUCAUGUCAUGUAUGUAUGUGUUACUCCUAUAUAAAGAAAAAAGUGACUAUGUAUUUGUAUGACUGCUUAGCUGGAAAUGUUCAUGGAUUUGGCUUAUUUAUAUUCACUUUCUAUUGUAUAUAGAUUUCUAAUAUUUUCAAUUCUGUAUCAUUUAAUCUUCCUUCAUUUGAGUAAAUUCACUAAAUAUUCUUAUUUUUUGCUUUUUUAAAUUCUGAUUUUAUAUGAAUUCUAAUUCUUUUUCACUACAUAUGUUUUAAAGAAUUACAUACAAUGCUUUAGAAAUGUUUACAGUUAGUACUGACUUUCUAUUUUAAAUUCUAACACUUUAUAUUACUACCUCCUCCAAUGGUUGAUAUGAAAUGCCAGCAGACUGUAUGAGGUCUUUUUUUUUUUAAUACCAUUUCUAGUGUCAGUGAACCCACUUGUGGAAUGUCUUCACAGCUGUAUAUCUUAGUCUAUCUUGAAAGUGAUUGGUAUUUAAAUACCAUUACUGGUUCACACAUCAUCUCAUCUUUAAUGAGCCUAAGAGGCAUCUCAGCAAAGAUUUUUAGCAAUCACAUUUCUAUGCAGUAAUCCCUUCAAGCACUUGAAUGUAAGUCUUUAGCAUUUUAUCUAAUUAGCGACUACUGAUGUGCAUCUUAAACAAGCAUCUUUCUUGCUUUAAAAACUUUAAAAAUGUUUCACUUAAUUCUCUUUUUGUGUAGCUAUAUUUUAUAUAGCUAUGUAUUCCUCAUAGUGAAUAUCAAUUGUAGUAAUUGGCUGUUUUCUUAAAUCUUUAGAAUAAUUUCAGAUUACUGCACGUCUGUGAUUUGAGAGUUAUUUAAGAACUUGUUCUUUAGAAGGUGGGAAUUUGAAUCGGAAACCUGCGUAAUCUCUGUGAAACCUUAAGAUGUUGAAAUACAACCUUUCUUUGUUCCUGUUCCUUUAGUAUCACUGCUUUAUCUAACAGUUUGAACUAGUUAAUUCAGAGCAUGGCGCUAGUGAGGUUAAGGACAGGAGCUCAAUCCUUUUAUAGGUUCAUUAACUUUAUACACAUACACAACUAUUCAUGGCUACAAAUUGCACCUUCUCUUAGGUAUCCAUCUCACAAAUUCACCUCUUGGUCGCAAGGAAGAUGGUAUGUAUAGCCUAGCAUAAACUCUUCACCUCAGAUAGAAAGAUAACUCAAAUAAUUGGUAUGUGAUACUAUAGACUCUUAAUUUAAUAUUUAAAGUAAUAUAACAUUAAAAAUAAUAUAUCUAAAAUACUGUGUCACUAUAAUCUUCUCUAGGUAAGAUCGUUGAGUAAACAGUAUCUUCUAAAAAUUAAACUUCAAUAAAUCAAACCAGUAAAAACUAGAUACAAAUACAAAUGAAACACAGUAAGAAAAGAUACUAUCCUGUUAACACUGAGUUCUUAUGCCUAACUGGGUUUGUUGAAGGAGAGUAGAUAACACUCCAUUUUAUAUAUUUGGAACUAUAUUAGGCAGCAAAGUCUUUAGCUCACAAAGAUAAUGCAAUAGCACACACUCCUAAUUUCUGUUCUUGACCUUUGCAGUUUGCCUUAGUACCUACCUCUCUCAGUUGCUGAGUUCUGAUUAAUAUUAGGUGAUUUUAAGAUUCCUGGAUAAAAGAUGUUAGAAAAGUAACUAUUGUUGAACCUUCUGUUGCUAUUAAGCACUCCUCACACUAUUUAAUCAGAACAGCGUUGAUCUCCAGAAGGAGCCAAAGGAAGUAUUUACAAAGUAUUUUGGCUGUUGUAUUGACCUAGAUUAGGACAAUUGCUGUCAUUGCUCAUUUGUUGCUGUGCUACUAAGCAGUAUACAGAACUGAGGGACUCCCCAAGGUCUCUAUGUCUUACUACCUCUUCUACCUUCUUAGGUUUUCUGAACUGGACUUUGGUAACUUUGCAAGUCUAGAGACAGGUAGAUUAUUGGGGUGAUAGACGGUUAUAAUCGAGUAAUUGUUUCUACUAGGAAUAAAGUGAACAGAUUUUGUAAUAAGUGAUCAUGAUCAGAAUAAGUGUUAAAAGUUAGGAAGCAAACAUUAGCAGAUGGUUUUUAAAAUUAAUCUUUUGGCAGUAAUUUCAAAGGUCACUGACAGAUUAUUUACAUGAAUCCUGAUAUGCAAGAAUCUGGAUAUAAAUAUCUAUAUUCAGUUAGGGGAAUCAUUAAUAUCAGCACUGAAGUCUAAGGGCUACUGAGGAAUAAAAUCUUAAUCUCCCUACUUGGUACAUGUCAUGUCCUAACCUUAAAAAUUGUGUGAGUUCAGGGCUUUAUUUCUGGCCUUUGAAAUAGUAAUUUUCUCAGAGAACAUUUUUAUAUUUGGAAAGUUAUUGAUAUAAUUAAUAUUGAUGGAUAACUGAAUAAUGAUUAUUAGCUAUUAAAUACUGAUAAAAAAUCAUUUAAAUGUUUAAUUGCUUAAAUCAGUCAAGGAAUCUGAAAGAGCAAAAUUUAAGUUAAUAUUUUGUUAGUCAUCUUUUUAUUUAAGAACAAGAUGGUAAUGUCAGUUGCCUUUAUUGAUUUAAAGGGAAAAAAAUAGAAUCACAAGCAUCUGACUCAUCUGGAGCAAUCCGUUUGGAUGUACUACUUACCUUUCAGUAUAGACUUUUGUUUUCUCUAUUCAGAUGGAAACAGUAUUGCUGGACAUUUGUAAGUAGGUGUUUACUCCUAUUGUCAUUCUUUUCCUCUUAAUUUCCAGUUCUUUUAGCUGUGAAAAUUGUUAUAAAACUUUGUGACACACUAUUCCCCCUCCUUUUUUAUUCUGUAACAGGAGUAUAGAAUAAAAAGUUUCUCCCCAAACACUGUAUGCUAAUUUGUAGUAUAACUUGAUUGGUUCAGUAACAACACCAAUUAUAAUGAAAAUAAAUGCUGCAUAUCUUA